AUGAGAGAUGUACAGAGACAACGACAUCAUCAACAACAUCAACCCUCAUAUGCUUCCCCUUGCCAAGUACAUCCAUGGCAACGGCAGCCCGGCAGCAUUCGGCUCUUCCAGCUCGGACCUGGCAGCUGUGCAGAGCUACGUGAAUCGACGGAGAAGAUAGAGAAGGUGGAACCCGGCCGCUCCGUGACGUACAGGGUCAUUGGUGGCGAUCUGAGGGACAACAAUCGUCGGCGGUGGGUUACCGUGAAAGUGUGGCCAGCGGUGGGUUUGAUUUCCCUAGAAGAUGCCCAACAAUGGCCGCGGAUGUAA